GGCGCAGCAGCUUCCGCGGGCUGGCGGUUCAGACAUGGCCAAGUCCAAGAACCACACCACGCACAACCAGUCCCGGAAAUGGCACAGAAAUGGCAUCAAGAAACCCAGAUCACAAAGAUACAAAUCUUUAAAGGGGGUAGACCCCAAGUUCCUGCGGAACAUGCCUUUUGCCAAGAAGCACAACAAGAAGGGCUUUAAGAAGAUGCAGGCGAACAAUGCCAAGGCCAUGAGCGUGCGGGCUGAGGCCAUCAAGACACUGGUGAAGCCCAAAGUCGUGAGCAACAAACGCAAACUCCCCCAGCAGCCCACAAGCAAGCUGCAGCGCCUCGCCUUCAUAGCCCACCCCAAGCUCAGGAAGCGCAUCCGCGCCUACAUGGCCAAGGGCCUCAGGCUCGCCACGCCCAAGGCCAGGGCCCAGGCCCAGGCCCAGGCUGCAGCCGCAGCACGAGCUACCACUCCAACUCAGGCCCAGGCCCAGGCCGCUGCCACUAAGGGUGCUCAGGCUUCAGCCUCUAAGGGAGCCCAGGCCUCAGCCCCUAAGGGAGCCCCUAAGGGAUCGCAGGCCACUGCCCCUAAGGGAUCCCAAGCUCCAGCCCCUAAGGGAGCCCAGGGUCCUGUGAAGGGCCCACAGUUAAGACGCGUCUGCUCAUGA